UCUCUCAUUUCCUGGGUCUCCUGACCCAAAUCAAUAGAGAUCCUACGAUUCUCACAAAGGGGGCUACCCUGCACCCUUCGGCCCCUCAGAGCUGUGGUACAUUCAUAACAAUGUACAGACUCUCCAACUUGUUCAGCUGUUCCAAUCUUGGCCUUUAUGUACUUUCUUACCUGUUUCACAGUAUCAUCAAGUCUAAAAUUCCAACAGACUAUCUCACCCCUCUACACACAUUUUUAAGACUUGUGAAAUAUUCACAGAGAUCUCAACAACUCUGAAGAAUACAGCUCUUGAAAUUUAAGGCACCUUCUUAUAGUCUCUUUUAGUUCAUUGUUCAUAUUUCCAUGAGGAGCCACAGCUUUCAUACACAUUCAUAGGAAGCAUUACGUGUCUUUUAGUGACUCUGAGACAAGGCCCAUAUCAGCCUUGAAUUCUGUAGAUAAUAUAUCUGAUGAUUCAGCUUCACAGCUACCUUGGAAAGGGAAUUCCAUAAAUUCCUCCUUGUCUCUAUUAUAAAUAAGUAACCUCCACCCUUUUUCCAAGACUACACGUCCUCAUUACAGAAUUCUAGCAAGGGGAAUUUUUUUCUCAACAUUUGCAAAGCUCAUCCAAUGCAAAGUUGAAUUUGCAUUCCUCCAGUGUCUUCUCCAAUUUUUCCAAACUGAUGGCAGUUGCCUUGAGAUGUCUUGAAUAAUUUCUGCAUAAUUUAUAAAUAAUUUAUAUUUUUCUUUGCGUUUGUUGUAUAAUCUUUGUGUAUGCUUUUGCCUCGGUGCUGACAUUUUGAUGUUGACCCUGUUAUCUCUGUUGGUUCUUUUGAAGACCCCAACCUGGAGUGACAUGCUGACUUUGGUUCUAUGUGAGAAUGGGACCUGCUCUCGAGGUCUAACAACUGGCCACUAUUUGAUAUGCCAAGCACACCCUCACAGAUCCGGGAGUUUGUGGCUGUGGAGGUGGGCGGCCUUGAGCAACACUCUGAAGGAAUCCUUGUUUGAGAAACUCCGCCAGCUUCAGUGUCACUUCACAUGGGUUCCACAGAAGGACAACACCGACUUCAGAGAUUUGAAGCUUAGAUUACAAGAUUCUAUAAAUCUUGGGGUAAAAUAUCAAGCCACAUCCUACAACCAUCUUGCUUUUGUAAACUGUCAGCAAGGUGACUAUGAAGAAGCAAUUCAAAAUUUAAAGGAAGCUGAAAAGAUUUGGAGAGAGAACCACAAAGAUGAAUUUGAAAGAAGCAGCAUCAUCACCUAUGGAAACUUUGCCUGGGUGCAUUACCACAUGGGACAACUGACCGAGGCCCAGUCCUAUCUCGACAAGCUGGAGAUGAUCUGUAAACCUCUCAGUGAUGGCCCUCGCUAUACAGCAAUGAUACCCCAGGUGUACGGGGAGAAGGGAUGGUCAUUGUUAACUUUUGGUACUAGUGUUUACUAUGAGGAGGCAAAGAAAUGUUUUGAGAAGGCUCUGCAGGACGAUUCUGAUAAUGUGGAGUGGACUAUGGGCUAUGCAACUGCUUUGCUUCGUCUGGAAGUUAUUUCUGGUGUUCCAGAGGAUCAGGAGCGAAGUCAGCCAGUGAAAUAUCUGCGACGGGUGCUGGAGCUUGACCCAGAUGACACGGUGGCCAUGGUUAUGUUGGCCCUAAAGCUGCAAGAGUUCAAGGAAACAGAGAAAGCAAAUGAAUUAGUUGAAAAUGCAUUGAGGAAGACCCCAGAUCUGCCAUAUGUGCUUCGGUAUGCAGCAAAGUUUUACAGAAUAGGAGGAGAUGUUGAUAGAGCAAUAGGCCUGUUGCAGAGAGCUUUAGAAUUUACUCCAUGCUCGUCCUUCUUACACCACCAAAUCGGUAUAUGUUACAGGGGAAAACUGUUCAGUCUGAAAAAGAAAACAGGCAGCAACUAUCCUGACAGAUCUGCAUUUCAACAGAAAGCUGAGUUGAUCAGUAAGUGCAAAUAUCACUUUGAAAAGGCAUUUGAUCUCAAAUCAUCAUUUACUAUUGCAAAGUUGGAUUUUGCAGGAAUCUGCUUAGAAAAUGGAGAAGCAGACAGAGCAGAGGAGAUCUACAAGAGUCUCCUGAGCUUGGAGGAUGUUGCUCCAGAUCAUAAGCAGGCACUAGCUUUAGAAGUUGGAUUAUUUGAACUGUACCACAAAAGAUCUGAAUCAAACGCCAUCAUCUAUUUACUGGAUGGACUUAAAAUCCAUCCUGGAAGUAAAACUUGGAAGUUCUGUGACACUAACUUGAGAAAGAUUUUAAGAACCCAAAUUGAGAGAAAUCCAAGAAACAGCAAAGCCUUUGGUGUUCUUGGAUUAGUGCACCAGCUGGCUGGGGAGAAGGCUGAGGCUAUUAAGUGCUUUGAAAGGGCCUUAGAAUUUGAUCCUGACAAUGAAGAAUAUCUCACAGCUCUUAGUGAAUUAUGUCUUUCUAUGUAGUCUCUAGAUAUCCAACUCAAUCCAGGGGCACUGUGACCAUGGAAAGGUCUCUCCUCAAUGUAUUUGCUUCCCGUCUAUUCUCCAAUUUCCACCUGAGUUGUAGUGAGAUUAUUUCAGAAGUGGCUAUAUCAGUAACACUAGCAUGUAAACACAAUUUUAGUUUCCCUGGUUAUUACUCAAUGGAUCCAAUUUCAGCUGGAGUUGAUUGCUAGUCCAGCAAAUUCUGGGCUAAACUGAUUUUGCAUGACAGCACCAAAUAAGAAGUGCCAUCUCAUUCAGUUUCCAUGUUAAUAAAGCUUGGUCUGAAAGAAAAUGAAAUGAUUUAUAAAAUAGUCUGAUAACAAAGAAAAAUGCUGUACUCCAUUUUUCCCAAAUAAGCCAUAACCAAUUAUGACCCAGUUAUGUAGAAUGUUCUAUAUUCCAGUUUAAACUUGAGAUCGAUUACAAGAAACUUUCUGUACUCUUUUACAUUAUUUGCUUUUAAUAAUUCCAUUCUAAGCAAUUUUAAUUUGCUUGUCAAAAUAUUCCAGAUGAAAUCUUUGCAAUUUGUAGUAGAGUUUAUGUACAGUGUUGGUUUACCUGCCACACCAAUGAGUUAAAACUUCAUGCAAUUUAUGGUGAAAAAGCACUAAAGUUGACUCAAAAUGUUAAAAUAUUAAAAUAUUAUGCUAUAAAAUCAGAAAAUUCUGGUAACUUUUAGCAGAUCGUUCAGAUUCCAUGGAAGGGAAAACAGAGUUUAUUUCUCAGACUGAAGAUCGAGAUGCUGCCUGACCUGCUGUACAUUUUUUCUGAAUUUUUACAGUUAAGAAUUUUGAUUUACAAUGUUUGUAGUUUUUAAAUUAAAUUUUAAUUAAAAAGCUUAUUGUUAUUAAUGUAUAUGUCUUUCAAUAUUGUUAAGUAUGCUGCAAUAUCAGAAACUGUGUGUUAAAGUAACCCAUAAAGUGUUAUGAUUUAACUCUGCACACCAGUAGUGAAGUGUGAGUGAUUUUCUUGCUGCACACUAUGGCGAACAGUAUCAGUUCAAGGAACAUUUAAGGAAUUUUCACUCCAGCCUUUAAUGCCAAUAAUAAAGUUAACAAUUCCAAUUCAGUUAGCAGAGCUGAUUGUUCCUGAUGUGGUCUUCCCUCAUUAAGAAAUCUUUUCCAGAUGUGAUGCCCGUCUUGCAGUGCACCUCACUCAGUUCAGCUCAUUCAGUCUUGCACUUGUUGUUGCCGACCACUUGAAUACUUCAUCCCACUCUAACCUGUUCACUGUUCUAGCAAAGUUCAAUAUAAGCUUGAGGAACAACACCUCACCAUCUCGAUGGCCACAUUACAACCUUCAAGAGUCAGGAGGAAAGUUAGAUAUUAUAGAUCAAGCUAUUCAAACUUGCAUCUGAUAUUACCACCAUUCAGCUUUUACCCCCUCUUCUCUGGUAGUGCAGAUUGCAUUUGCGUUUUCCUAUUGCACCUCCUACAGACUCAACAACAAAUUUAUUACUGCAGUUUACUAAGUUUCCAUGUGAUCCCUUCUCGUUCUUAUGACUGCUGGACGAUGCAAUCUCUGGGGUGAACUUAGUUAAUGCUUGUUUCACUCCCUUUAUGGCAGGGGCUCCCAAUCUGCGGUCCACAGACCCCUUGCUUACUGGCAGGACUCCAUGACACAAAAAAGGUUAGGAACCCCUGCAUUAUUGCAAGUGCAUGCAGUCUUUGGUCUGGAGACCAAAACAAUACUUCAGACAAAGUCUCACCAACACUAUCAGUCUUUAAUCAUUGGCAGAGAUUCCAAUGGCAGGACAGACCUUGUGUGUAGAGCUGUGGCUAUGCGUUGAUCAGUUGUGUCAAUAGGCGAACUUUAAGGGUCCAGUUUGGGUGGGAGUAUGCUGUGCAGAUGUAGUCUUUGACCAGUCUCUCAAAGCAUUUGCUUAAUAUUGAGGUGAGUGUGACAGGACACCAGGCAUUCAGAUAUUUAACCUUGGUCUUUUUACCGGAAUAAUGGUUGAUGUUUUGAAGCAGGGGUUGAGAGGGUGAACAGCUUUAAGUUCCUUGGCAUAAACAUCACCAAGGAUCUCACAUAUUCUCUACAUACUGCCUGCGUGGUGAAAAAGGCACAAGUGCACCUCUUUCACCUCAGACGGUUGAAGAAGUUUAGUAUGGGCCCCAAAUCCUAAGAACCUUCUAUAGGGGCACAACUGAGAGCAUCCUGACUGGCUGCAUCACUGCCUGGUAUGCGAACGGUACUUCCCUCAAGCGCAGCACUCUGCAGAGAGUGGUGUGGAGAGCACAGUGCAUUUGUAGAUGUGAACUUCCAACUAUUCAGGACAUUUCCAAAGACAGGUGUUUAAAAAGGGCCCAAAGGAUCAUUGGGGACCCGAGGCAACCCAACCACAAAUUGUUUUAGCUGCAGCCAUCCAGAAAUGGUACUGCAGCAUAAAAGCCAGGACCAACAGUCUGCAGGACAGCUUCUUCCACCAGGCCAUCAGACUGAUUGAUUCAUGCUGACACAAUUGUAUUUCUAUAUUAUAUUGACUGUCCUGUUGUACAUACUAUUUAUUAUAAAUUACUAUAAAUUGCACAUUGCACAUUUAGAUGGAGACAUAAUGUAAAGAUUUUACUCCAUCUAUAUGAAGGAUGUAAGUAAUAAAGU